GAAUUAUAUAUAUAUAUCUGUUAUUAUGAAGGAAACUUUGACAUGUAAGACAACAACAUUUGUAGGAAACAAACAGUUAAAUGAAUGAAUAACAUGAGAAGAAAGACUCAACAGCUGAAACUAUACAUACUUGGCCCACAUGCUUGUUUUCUUCUGGCUCAGUACACGCCUGAUUCCACGUCCUGAAUCUGGCCAAUAUACAGCAUGAUUUAAAGAUGCUGCCUCCACAUCUGGACCACAGUCUUCCAGCUGUCAGUCCAUCCUGGCGAAUAACAGCCGGACACUGCCCAGAUGUGGAAGUAUAAGGGCCAUACUCGGGCUGAGGACCAAGGCAUAUGUUGGCCCAGAAGAGAAAAUUACAACUAUUUUGGUCGAUUAACUGUUUUAUUUGUAUAAUAUUUGCAUCCACCCAGCUGUUUUUCUCACUUUUACAUCACUGUUAAUUGAAUAUCUGUUUGUUGAACAAAACAGGAAAGUUGAAGUCAAUACCUUAGCUCUGGGAAAUUGAGAUGGGCAUUUAUUUUUAUAUAAUCAGAAGAUUUAAUGUGUCUUCACCAAGUCCUGGUUACAGCCUAGCACUGACCAGAACGCUGAUAUAUAUAUAUAUAUAUAUAUAUAUAUAUUUUUUUUUAGGAGGUUUUCAAGUAGAAUCAGUCAUCUGAGCAGGGACUUCUGCUCCUUAAAUAUCGAUUUAGCUUGACACAAUAAUAAAAACGCACAACCAUCGUCAUCGCAUUAUAUCAUCAGCCUCCAUCUCCACCUAGAGGCAGAACCGGGGGCUGCACAUACAGGCGCAUAUCGGCACGAAUCUCCCCAGUCAUCAUGAGCCAGUCCCUCAGAAAAUGAUGUGGCAGCCCUCAGUGGUAAAAACAACCCUCCUCACCGAGUCGUGAUGAGGUGAACCGGCACAGAGAGAGAGAGAGAGAGAGAGAGAGAGAGAGAGAGAGGGGAGAGAGAGAGGGAGACCACCACCGACCGUGCAGGAAAACCGGCUGCUUCCUCAGAGACCGUCCCCGCACGCCCACACUUCCGGACUGGAUCCUCUGGAGGCAGCUGGGUCGGGAUGCGUCCGUCUCCCGGUGCUGCUUGAGAUGAGGAUAAGACGACGACGACGUCUUCCCGGUGAAGCGGCGAUGCCCGUGACGUUGCGUUAGAUGUGCCCGUUACAAUCCGAGCUGAACUGAUCAGACCGCGACGCUUGUUCGCUCAACACUCAAGAGAGGAGGGAUUCAGGCUUUAGCCGUACUGUCUGUCUGCUGUCAACUGUUGCUUAUUUCCACUGUAAAUGAAUCUUGUAAGGUUUAUGAACAACCGUGUUCCUCCUAACAAGAGAUACCAGCCCACAGAAUAUGAGCAUGCUGCCAACUGUGCCACGCAUGCGUUAUGGAUAAUCCCCAGCCUGCUGGGCAGCUCGUUGUUGCACUUCCAGUCAGAGGACCAAUGGGAGCGGUUGUCGGCCUGGGUGUACGGGGCGGGGCUCAGCUCGCUCUUCAUCAUCUCUACCCUGUUUCACACUGUGGCCUGGAAGAAGAGCCACUUACGGUCUGUGGAGCACUGUUUCCACAUGUGUGACAGGAUGGUGAUCUAUUUCUUCAUUGCUGCCUCCUACGCCCCUUGGCUGAACCUGCGGGAACUGGGUCCCUGGGCGAGCCACAUGCGCUGGCUGGUGUGGGUCAUGGCCUCUUUUGGUACCACCUAUGUCUUCUUCUUCCACGAGAGAUACAAGGUCAUGGAGUUAAUCUGCUACACGGUGAUGGGAGUUUUUCCUGCCCUGGUCAUCCUCUCAAUGCCGGAGCAGUCGGGUCUGUGUGAGCUUCUGGUGGGCGGAGCCUGCUACUGUCUGGGGAUGGUCUUCUUCAAAAGUGAUGGCAUCGUCCCAUUCGCUCAUGCCAUUUGGCACCUCUUUGUUGCUAUGGGAGCAGCCAUACACUACUACGCCAUCUGGAAGUACCUCUAUGCCCAGCCACCCAAUCAGGUCCAGACCUCCAGAUGACAUCAGCGCUGACCUCACAGGGAGUAGCUCCUGUUUUUGAGCGACUUCAGUGAGAUGAUGUGAGCUGUGUUCAAAUUCAGGGGCUGCCUCAUUUGGAGGCUAGUUGGGUGACCAUGUACCUCUUCCCCAAAUGAUACAGUCGAACCUCACAGAUACCAAAACAAAUGCUGCAUUCAAGCGGUCCUCGUCAACUCAUCAAGUCAAAUAUUUUAAUUUUUAUCACCAGGAAACCGCCCUCACAGUGAUAAUACUUGGGCAUGUUUGAUGAUAGAUACCUGAAUUCUACUUUAACACAUGGUGGACAGCUGGGAAACAGUGUACCAGGUUAGUGAUAAAGAAACAUAUCUAAACAGCCUCUGCUUACCAUCAUUCCCAGACUUGUAGAAAGAAGUGAAGUUUAUGCCUGGCAUCCAUUAUUUCAUGGGAUUAAGUUUGGUUUCAGAGGGCUAUGAUGCAGAAGACCAACAAAAAAGGAUGUGAAAUUCUGUUUUAUUAAAGCACUUUUCUUACUCAACAUCACUAAAGUUUCAUUGAUGGGGAAUGCUGGAUUGGCCACUGCAUUAUCUUUGAAUGAUGGUCUUUUUAGGAGAAUUUUAGCUGUGAAUCAAAAUAAAAACAUAUUAAUCAUUUUUAAAAAAAUGGUGCCAGUACUUUUUCAGCCCUGAAUAGCGUCUGCUGCCGUCCCUGUAAGGCUUCGUCCAGCCUCUACAACCUCCACCAAUCAGAGGGUUAGGGCAACCUCAAUUUAGCCUGUAAGGUGAAGCCCAGGGCAAAACUGUUCAGCAACAACUCACUGCUACUGCUUGGAAAUGUUACAGCGCAGCAUAUCAGUUUUUAUCAAUCCAGAGUUUCUGGAUUACGGCAGCUGGACGAGUGUUUAGAGAGAUUUCAGUGAGUAAAUCAUCCGCAGCUGAAAUUACGCCCCAUUUAUUAUUUACUACAUCCUGCACUGGCUUAGUGACUCAUGACCACCUGAAGUGAAAUACCUCAUACAUAUGAUGUGGUUAUUGUGAUAUUUCCUGACUUAACGAGUUGAUGAGGACAGUUGAACGCACCAUUAAGCAAUUGACCGGCAUGCAAUAGAUUGUAGGACACUUGAGAGUGACAAAGCAAACACCGGUUGUGUAUUCCAAGCUGUGGCAAAAAAAACAAACAAACAAAAAAAAAACCAGAAGGCUGCAUUUGGAGGAGACUUUGCACCAAAACUGCCCUGUCAGCCUGUUGUGAUGAAUCUGGACUUCAAGGGAAGCAGCCUGUGAAAUGGGACACAGCUUUUUAGUCUUUACCACCUCAGUUCAUUUAAGUUUUAUUUUACAGUAUUUAUUUAUUUAUUUUUGCAGGAAUUUAGUUUCAUUCCAACUAUCAGGGGUUAAAUAGCUAUUCUUGGAGAUUUCUCUCUUCGUGGUGCACGUCCAGAUUCAGUGUUUAGCUGAAUUGAAGGGCAUUGUCUUAUUGUCAAGAGGAAGACAAUGUUUACAAUUAGCUGACUUGACUAUCAUAAUUAGUUAUAGGACAUUAUUUAAAGCAUCAUCAUCAUCAUCAUUAACAGAAGGCAUCAUGUGGUUUGAUUAUAUUUAAGAGGUUGCGACAUCAGUAAUUUACUAUUACAAUUCAGAGCUCUAGAUAGUAUUAUCACUGUUAUUGUUAUUAGUUGUGCUAUUAACACUUUAGUACACUAUAUGGUUUUAACAGUGGUUGCUUCAGUCAGUGAUUUAUUGUGAUUUUCCGAAUCAAGCAUGACUGUAGAAUGAUCUUUUUUUAUGUUGAACAUACGGAUAUUCAUGGUUUCAGUCUUGAAGACUUUACCUGUGUGCUUCCACCUUUACUAGGCUCUACUCAGUAGAUUAUGGAGAAUAUUUACUGAAUUCUAAUAGUUUACUGUUGGUGAUUAGGUUUAGUAAGUGACGAUGUCAUCAGUACGAUUUAUACAGUAUAUAUUUAUCAAUGAAGUAUGAUAUAUGUUGAUUUCAACUAUAUUUUCUUCUGAUGUACUCAUAGUGUUCGCUGAUUAUCUUCAUCAUCUCCAUCCUAAACGAAUGGGACCCAUUUGAUAGAGUUUGUCAAAGCUACAUGGUUAAACCUCAGAGGGGGGAAAACCACUGUCUGACUCAGCACUGCCAGAAGACUGACCUACUGCCGCAACUGAUAGCACACUACUACCAUAUAUACGUCUCACACUUGAAAGGAAACUGAAGCUAUAGUAUUGUUGAACAAUCUGGCCCAAUAUUAAGGCAUCUCAGGUGUGUGUGUGUUUGUGCGUGUGCGUGCGCGUGUGUGUGUGGGUUCGUAUGUAUCCUAUAAUAUAUGACUCCCAUGAAUCCAAAGCCUCUAAUCGGCUGAGUCUAUGUUUACACGUGAACGCAUGUACCUUGAACACGUUAAAAAUACAUUUGAAUAUGUACGUAUUCUCUAAGUGUUAAACUGUAUGUGGUGGCACAUGAUAUAUCGGACAAGCUUGUGUUGUGUGAUAAAUGUGGCUUGAGGACCAACAGGUCAAACCAUCUGGUAUUUAUAGGUGUACAAACAAAUUAUUUUUUAAAACCUCUGCUCCUGUUCGACAUCUUUUCACUGCUGUCUGUCUCUCAGGAUUUGGAUCAUUCGGGCUUUAAACGCCCGUGAAGCCACAUUCAGCGACCACUAAAGCUGCUGUUCGGGUGCUGUCUGCAGCAACCAAAACCGUCAAAUAGCUGUGAAGCUGCUUUCUUUAAUGCUGGCAUCGCUCCACACGGCUUCACUUGCUUAUUCACAACCCAAGUAGGGCAGCAGCCACAAAAGUUUUCUGCUAGCUUUACAUAUGGGUAACAUUUAUAGAAUAACCAAAGCAGCUUUAAGUCAGUCAGAAACUUGAUAUAAAACCACUGCACAUAUUAUGGCGGCAAAAGUGUUUAUAGAUUAUAAUAAGAACUAGAAAGCAUGCUUUCACCAAAGCUGCAAAACUCGCUAAUUAUGUUGAAAAAAACCACAUAACUCGCAGUUAGAUUUGCAUCAAAACUCGUUGUGUUAAACAAUUUACUAGAUUCAUGUGUCAGAUUUUUUCUCUUUCAAAUAGGUGCAGUAUUUCAUGAGAAAAUGAGGAAGGGGAAAAAAACUGCCUGAUCUUGCAGUGUUGAGAGAUAAUUUUAAAAUACCUUACCAUACCUAGAUUCGGAUUCCAAAACAAAAAACUAAUAAUUUCUUCCUCAUUUCAUGGCCAAACUUUGCACCCUUAAAAGAUAUCGUGCAGACAAACAAACUGAGAACAAAGCAAAAAUAAUUGGACUGAAAACAUUUUACCUCUUGGGCAAAGGUAAGAAAUGAUAUUAUACAAUAUAUAUAGAACAAAACUGCACAUUCUUAACAAAAGAGCGACUGUCUGCACGGCUGUCUGACUCCCCCAGAACAGGUCAAAUAUACUUUAAUUUCAAAACUUAAUAUUCAUUCCUCAAUAACAAAAAAAUGCAUUUAUAACUUACCAAACAGCAUAUGAAUGCAGCAUUUUACUGUCGUAAAUCAUCUCGUCAUCUAAUCUACAAAAACAUCCAAAAUUCAACCAAAUCCGUUUCUUUUUUUGAGACAUCUGAACAAUAAAUACACUGGAGAUUAAAAAAAAAGAAAAAGAAAAAAGGAGGUAACACAAACCUUUGGUUGCAGUUUUUUAUUUUAUUUUACUUAGCAGAGAGUGGUAAUUUAACAUCACAACAAAUUCAGUGUCACAGCUGGCUGGGAGUUACAUUUGUCACACUGUGGAUAUCUGAGUUUGGAAAGAAAACUCUUCAGAUACAUUCUCCAGUAUCUUUUCGUAUUUGUUCUCUCAGUGUUUGCUCCAGCCUUGUUGAGUUUACUGUGUUGGAGGUUUUAUCGCCAGAAUUUCGACUAGUUCCACAGACGGGUUCGGCCACUCUGAGAGGAAGUAUUUGAGGAUUUCAUGUGUGUCUGUCUUGUCUUGGUUAUAACAUGUCUCGUUCGGACAUACAGUGCCCACCUGACUUUGUAUAGAGCUCUGUGGUUUUAUAAAAUCUCCAUGAAGCCUUCAUGGACCCUCUGUACAUUGUUUAUAGACGCUCUGUGAUUGUGGCUCUGUUCUCAGUGCUGCUGGUGUUUUCUUUCUGGUUCUACAUGACUGAUUAUAUUACUCCAUAUUCUUUCUGUCUCUUUCUCCAAUUUCAAUAUUGGUUUUUGUGUCUGUGGUGCUUUUGUGCUGUGAUAAGCCCAUAUGAUGCCAACAAUGCUUUUAUCUUUUCUAUUUCUCUUGUAAUAAAAAAGCUUUUUCAUGCAAUAUA